CCCGGCACUAGGACCAUGAAGCCAUGUCUGCCUGUGACAUACAGACUGGGGGAGGGGCUAGAGCAGCAGUUGCAGGCAGUUAGAUACACAAAAUGUCAGUUUUUAGUUGUGAACCCCCCCUGGCUGGUUCUUUACCCUGAUAACUUGCCCUGGAGCCCCCAGAAACCGGGGGUAGGAGCUGAUCCAAUGAAUGGAGAGGAAAAUCUGCAGAAAAGGAAAAUCCCAGAACCUGGAAAUAAGAGAUCUGACCUGACCAUGAAGCGAAGUCUUGGUGCCCCAAUAUCCUCUGUAAUGGAGAUGUCAACGGUGAACUGGGCCAAUAGAAGGGGAUAUAGUGGGAGUCAACGGAACCUCAAACAAACCCAAAGUCAAGUGAUCAGGGGGUCGCUCCCCAGUAGAACGUUCAGCCACAAUAACCAGAACCAUCACACGGGCCAUAGACAUGAAUGGACCCUGAGGAGAAGCAGAUACUCUCUGAACAAUACAAACAUGGAUGUAAGUUGGGGACCCUCAGAAACUAAACGUUUUCUAAGAACCCAGAAAGUUGUGAAGCCCUUUGUGUGCUCUAAAUGUGGGAGGAGAUUUUGUAGCCGCCGGAACCUUCUCACCCACCAGAGAAUCCACACGGGCAGGAGCUUUGUCUGCUCUAAAUGUGGGAAAUGUUUCUCUCACCAGAAGAUGCUAAUUGCUCAUAAAUGGGUUCAUACUGGGAGGAAACCAUUCACCUGCACUGAAUGUAAUAAGGGCUUCUUAUGGAACAGGGACCUUCAGGAAAACCAAGAGAUCCACAAAGAAGAAAAGCCAAGUGUCAGUCAACAUGUGACUCAAAUGGAGAGAGAGAGUACCCUCGUUGAUACAACUGAACUCAAUGCUCAUCUUCAGACUCACAGAGAGAAACCGCUACUCUGCAACGAGACCGGUCAAAGCUGCAGAAAUGAGAGUAAACUCAAAGCAGAUCAUGGGAUUUUCACUGGCCAAAAGCCCCUUCUCUGCACGGAGUGUGGAAAAGCAUUUACAAGUAAGCGUGCCCUCAAGGUUCACCUUAGGGUUCAUGCAGAACCGAGGCCAUUUGUUUGUACCGAGUGUGGGAAAAGCUUCAAAGCUAAGUGUAAACUCAAUGUUCACCUGCGGAUCCACACAGGAGAGCAGCGCUACGUGUGUACGGAGUGUGGGAAAUGCUUUAGGGACAGGUUUGGCCUUAAUGAACAUCAUCGUAUUCACACGGGAGAGAAACCAUUCAUCUGCACUGAAUGCGGGAAAAGCUUCUGCAGAAAGACCCCCCUUGAUGCUCAUAUUCAAACUCACACCCGAGCAAGCCUCUUUGUCUGCCCCGAGUGUGGGAGGAGCUACAAGGACAAGAGGAAUUUAAAUGAUCAUCUUAAUGUUCACACUGGAAAGACUUACCCGUGCACCGAGUGUGGGAAAUCCUUUCCACUGAAGAGAAGCCUUCAAAGGCAUCUAAUGAUCCACACUGGGGAGAAGCCAUUUGAAUGCAUGGAAUGUGGAAAAAGCUUCAGGUACAAGAGUAAGCUGGACAUCCAUUACCGUAUUCAUACUGGGGUUGAACCAUUUGUGUGUUCAGAAUGCGGGAAACGGUUUCGGUUGAAGCAUCUGCUUGAAUAUCACCAAAUGGGACACACCGGGGAGAAACCAUUUGUCUGCACUGAGUGUGGGAAGAGUUUCAGGGUUCAGCGUCAACUCACUCUCCAUCUUCAAACUCACACAGGGGAGAAACCAUUUGUCUGCACUGAGUGUGGGAAGAGUUUCAGGGUUCAGGGUGAACUCACUGUCCAUCUUCAAACUCACACAGGGGAGAAACCAUUUGAGUGUAGCGAGUGUGGGAAGAGUUUCAGGUUUAAGCGUCAACUCACUCUCCAUCUUCAAACUCACACAGGGGAGAAACCAUUUGUCUGCACUGAGUGUGGGAAGAGUUUCAGGGUUCAGAGUGAACUCACUGUUCAUCUUCAAACUCACACAGGGGAGAAACCAUUUGACUGUAGUGAGUGUGGGAAGAGUUUCAGGGUUAAGCGUCAACUCACUCUCCAUUUUCAAACUCACACAGGGGAGAAACCAUUUGACUGUAGCGAGUGUGGGAAGAGGUUCAGGGUUAAGCGUCAACUCACUCUCCAUCUUCAAAUUCACACAGGGGAGAAACCAUUUGUCUGCACUGAGUGUGGGAAGAGUUUCAGGGUUCAGGGUAAACUCACUGUCCAUCUUCAAACUCACACAGGGGAGAAACCAUUUGACUGUAGCGAGUGUGGGAAGAGUUUCAGGGUUAAGAGUCAACUCAAUCUCCAUCUUCAAACUCACACAGGGGAGAAACCAUUUGACUGUAGCGAGUGUGGGAAGAGUUUCAGGGUUAAGCAUCAACUCACUCUCCAUCUUCAAACUCACACAGGGGAGAAACCAUUUGACUGUAGCGAGUGUGGGAAGAGUUUCAGGGUUAAGCAUCAACUCACUCUCCAUCUUCAAACUCACACAGGGGAGAAACCAUUUGACUGUAGCGAGUGUGGGAAGAGUUUCAGGGUUAAGCGUCAACUCACUCUCCAUCUUCAAAUUCACACAGGGGAGAAACCAUUUGUCUGCACUGAGUGUGGGAAGAGUUUCAGGGUGAAGGGUAAACUCACUGUCCAUCUUCAAACUCACACAGGGGAGAAACCAUUUGACUGUAGCGAGUGUGGGAAGAGUUUCAGGGUUAAGCGUCAACUCACUCUCCAUCUUCAAACUCACACAGGGGAGAAACCAUUUGACUGUAGCGAGUGUGGGAUGAGUUUCAGGGUUAAGCGUCAACUCACUAUCCAUCUUCAGACUCAUACAGGGGAGAAACCAUUUGACUGUAGAGAGUGUGGGAAGAGUUUCAGGGUUAAGCGUCAACUCACUCUCCAUCUUCAAACUCACACAGGGGAGAAACCAUUUGACUGUAGUGAGUGUGGGAAGAGUUUCAAGGUUAAGCGUCAACUCACUCUCCAUCUUCAAAUUCACACAGGGGAGAAACCAUUUGUCUGCACUGAGUGUGGGAAGAGUUUCAGGGUUCAGGGUAAACUCACUGUCCAUCUUCAAACUCACACAGGGGAGAAACCAUUUGUCUGCACUGAGUGUGGGAAGAGCUUCCGGAGUAAAAGAAGCUUAAGUUCCCAUCAAAAGGUUCACAAAUCUUCAACAGCAACAGAAAAUCUGCACAUUGGAAAGAAACAGUGCUUUAGUGCAAUGAGCAUUCCCGACUCCCAGAAGGAACUUCCCUCAGUAAUAAAACAUUUCAAAUGCCCAGAAUGUGGGAGAAGAUACUCGAGCAAAGGCAGUCUUAUUAUUCACCAGAGAGUUCACACAGGGGAGAAACCAUUCAUGUGCACAGAAUGUGGGAAAAAUUUCUCAAAAAAAUACGGACUUGUUGUUCACCAGAGAGUUCACACAGGAGAGAAACCAUUCAUGUGUACAGAAUGUGGGAAAAGAUUCACAGAAAAAAACUACCUUAUUAUUCACCAGACUCUUCACACCGGGGAGAAGCCAUUCACAUGCACAGAAUGUGGGAAAGGAUUUUCAGAAAAAAGGAAAUGUGUUAUUCAUCAGAGAGUUCACACUGGGGAGAAACCAUUCACAUGCACAGAAUGUGGAAAAUGUUUCUCUGUUAAGUCAGGCCUGAAAAGCCACCAAAGAAUUCAUACAGGGGAGAAACCUUAUACAUGCACAGAAUGUGGGAAAUCCUUCACUUUAAACAGCCAUCUAGUUAGACACCAGAGGAUUCAUACAGGAAUUAAACCAUUCGCAUGCACAGAAUGUGGCAAAAGCUUCUCUGCACAUCACAAGCUUUCCUUACACAAAAGAGUCCACACAGGGGAGAAACCAUUCACUUGCACAGAAUGUGGCAAAAGCUUCUCUGCACAUGACAAGCUUUCCUUACACAAAAGAGUCCACACAGGGGAGAAACCAUUCACUUGCACAGAAUGUGGCAAAAGCUUCUCUGCACAUCACAUGCUUUCCUUACACAAAAGAGUCCACACAGGGGAGAAACCAUUCACUUGCACAGAAUGUGGGAAAAGCUUCCGUCAACAGACACACCUUGAAAUACACCAGAGGUUUCACACAGGGGAGAAACUUUAUACAUGCACAGAAUGUGGGAAAUCCUUCACUGUAAACAGCAAUCUAGUUAGACACCAGAAGAUUCAUACAGGGGAGAAACCUUAUACAUGCACAGAAUGUGGGAAAUCCUUCACUGUAAACAGCCAUCUAGUUAGACACCAGAAGAUUCAUACAGGGGAGAAACCUUAUACAUGCACAGAAUGUGGGAAAUCCUUCACUGUAAACAGCCAUCUAGUCAACCACCAGAAGAUUCAUACAGGAAUAAAACCAUUCAUGCGUAUGGAAUGUGGGAAAAGCUCUUCGCAACAAAGUUCCCUUAGGGAAUCUAUUUGAACCCAAACACCCAAGAUGGAUUGUCAAUGUGUAGUUAGGGCUUAGCCCCCCCUAUCCCUGGCCCUGCAGCAAUGGGACAGAGAGCAGAACCCCAGCCCCACUCUCUAGUCGCUCUAUUAAUAUCAGGAGCGUUGGGGAGACUUGUCUCCUGGAAGAGGACUAUGCCUGUAUACCCCCAAGUUCAUGUGUAAAACCCUGUUUCAUCUAAAUAAACCAUUUUCAUAAAAAUAUACUUUUUUUUUUUUUAAAUAUUGUUUUUAUUUGCAUAUUAUCAAAUAUAUCUAUUACAACAUUUGUGAUGAGAUAUUGACUUGCAUACAUCUUGGUAGUAAUAGAAUAUUGGUAAUGAGAACAUUUAAGUUUAACAUUUAACCUUUACAGUAUAACAAAAUUGGAACUUUCUACUCAUAGCUAGUUUACCUGGGCCUCGUGAGAGUUACUUCUCGUGUUGGUGUAUGGCCAACAUUCUGUUUAUUUGUUGGCUCCUGGGGGGUUCGUAGUUUUGCUGAUCAAUUUCUUGGUGCUGUAGGUUUUGGAAGUACUGGGAUGCUUCGACUAGGAGUGGAUAUUCCUUGAGUAUUUCUGUAUCAUACCAUGUAGUUUGUCUAAAUGUGUAGAUUGUAAGAUAUUUAGUUGUUUGGGGUAGGAGGGAUAUAUAUAUAUAUGAGCCAUGUAUUGAAAAAAUUUCCAGUAAUUUGUUCUUUUCUAGUUGUUGCUUCGAGCCAGUCCAUGUAAAAAAUGUGGUGUAAUUUUUGUUUUAAUGCUAUAGAUGGGAUAACAUCUGAGG